CAUUAUUUUGCUGAAGAAAUUCAGAUUAUUCUAUUUGGAAUUGGAUCCUGAAAUUUAGUGAAAUGCUCAGUCUCUCACUAAGCCUCCUCAGUCGUCACAUAGCGCCAGGCUAACGUUGACGCAGUGCGGCCGAGUCGUCCAUGGCAACGUCAUCAGUGCCCGAGUCGUCCAUGGCGGAGUUCGAUUCCAGCUGUGUUGGCUCGGAUUACGCGGAGAUCAUAGUACUGCGUCACGGUGAAACGGCCUGGAACGCUGAUAGAAGAAUCCAGGGGCAACUGGAUGUUGAAUUAAAUGAUGCUGGGAGGCAGCAGGCAGCUCUAUUGGGUGAUAGGUUAUUCAAGGAGCCCAAGAUCUCCCUUGUAUAUUCUUCUGACUUAGCAAGAGCUUAUGAAACUGCGCAGAUAAUCGCAGCCAGGUGCGGCGGGCUAAAGGUUGUAACAGACGUUGAUUUACGAGAAAGGCAUUUAGGGGAUCUUCAAGGCCUUGUAUUUCGUGACACUGCCAAACUUAACCCUAAGGCUCACCAGGCCUUUGUAUCUCAUGAGACAUGCCAAGAGAUUCCAGGUGGUGGAGAAAGUCGCGAUCAACUUCAUCAACGUUGCACAUCUUCAUUGCAGAGAAUUGGCAAUAAGCACAAAGGAGAGCGAGUAGUUGUGGUCAGUCAUGGAGCGGUUAUUGAAACACUCGACAAACAGGCUUCCCCUCAUGGCAGGUCUGUUAGAUAUGUACUCAAUGCAUCCGUCAACAUAUUUCACGUGUAUGAUGACGGCAAAUGGACCAUAAAAUCCUGGGGUGAUGUUAGUCACCUCAACAAUACAGGUUCUCUGCAAUCCGAUUUCGGCAGGGACGAAAAUUCUGGUUAGCUCGUUCUUAGGAUGCGCUCGUAAUCUGUAGUAAUCCAUAGAAUGAUGGAAUUUACUAAUCACUAUUCAUUCAGAAUUUCAUUCAAUAUGUAUGGCCUAGAUCGGCUGAUGCCGAAAUUUGUUUCAUUAUCUCAUUAAGGAUCAAGGAAUGAAAAUG